AUGUUCAGACAAUCACUAGUGAAACUUUCUACAAGAAGAGCUUUUUCCUCUACCUCAAGACAAGCUUUUUCCUCUACCACAAGACAAGCUGCACACUUCAAAGAGGGUGUAUACUCUAAUAUUCCAUUCAAGGUUCAUAACAGAAAGAUUCCAUUCGGUAUCGUUUUCUUUGGUUUCUUGGGUGUUGGUUUCGCUGUCCCAUUUAUCGCCUCUUUCGUUCAAUUGAAGAAAUCUGGUAACAUAUAA